GCAGUACUCUAUGCACCGUGUGAUUCAACACGAUACAAUUGCUUCUGGUAUCCUCAACAAUGACUACACUGGGGGAACAUCUCAGUAUGCAGUAUGGAAGGAUGACCUUUGCAACACUCCCGCUUUGCUAGAGCUCCUCAGCAAACGGUUGGCCAGUGACUACGUCAAUCUCAACGCCAAAAUGAGGAAGGCCGAGCUGCUUCAGCGUGUUUGUGCAGCCUACCACGCCUGCCUGGCUGAGUUCCGGAGGAAGGUUCCAACAGACUUCUACACCAAAGAGGGAAACCUCGAUGUGAAGUACCUCAGCGACAGGUACCAGAAAGGGCUUGAUGCCGUGGAUGCCAUGCUCCAUGAAUCGCAGCGUUUCAUACAUGUGGAUGAUUUGACUGAAGCUGCCAACGACAUGGUUUCCCACAUGGCGAAGACUGGACACCAAUCGGCCAAAGUCAAUGAGCUUGUCCAAGUUGACCCUGAUGCUCCUAUGGCGCCCAACCACAGGGUGCAGCAGCGUGGUGUGCAAGCAGCAGUUGCCAUGUUGCAGCAAACACUGCAGGGCAUCACUGUUCCAACUGGCGCAAAGGUCAAUGUCUUCGACUUGACACCCAAUCGCUUCGCAGAGUGGAGCCGUGCUGUUUGGGACCGCCAGUUGAGCCAACUCAAGGCUCCCGACAGUGCUGCUGUGUCCUUCACAUACACAGGCUACUUCACCGACAUGGAUGAGGUGGAGCAACAGCGCAAAACCAUGCAUGGUCGCUGCAUGUCGGAUUGGUGGGACAGUUCUUCAGAAGCUGGGCCGAAAACCCGACCCGCCUCAGAGUUUGGAGAAGCUCCGCCAGGCUUGAGUUCGUGGAGUACUGCGGACGGAUGCCUCCAGCCACGCGUUGUUGAUUAA